GUCGCCUCCACUAUCCAACAAUCAUGUCUACCCCACUGUUCGUGGAGUGAAUUCACUGGCCCUGCGAUUACGGACGUGUCACGAUCUGUUUCAAGUGCCUUUGGCUCACCUCGAUCGACGGGAUCUUAUCCCAGUAAUGGUUCUAUUAACCUACCAAGAGACCUUGCGUUCCCCGAGCUGGUGCGACGCGUCGUGGCGACUGACGAUAUCGACAAUUAUAAAGUAUUGAUUGUUGGACAUGAGUCUGUCACCCCUCCGAGGGAGUUGCUGCGGGUCGUGAAGAAAAUGGUCAGAGGUUUGACUGGAGAUGGUCGGGCGCAGCUCGAGGACAGAGUUCUGAAAUUUUUGCACACCUGGGUGUCGAUCGGAUUCCUCGAUACUUCCCUUCACCCGGAAGUUCUUCAAUAUGUGAAUCGCCCACCAUUUAGCCAUCGUGACGACGUGAUACAGAUUCAAGCGGCCCUGGCAGAACCGACCCCUCUUCCCGCUACAGAGCACCAGUCCGAAACAACGACUCCCUCUGUGUCCAGCGUUGGUUUGACUGCGUCAAGUAAUCAACAAAGAAUCGAGAGGACCAUUGGCGAAAUGGAGUCGGCAGACCUCCCGGGGCUUGCAAGGGCCCUGUUCGAGAUGGAAACAGACAAUUGGAAAGAUCUUACAAUGUUUCGUGCCGUCAAAUCGCUGACAGCCUGGCGAGACGAUCCAGAUGCGUGGGAUUCUAAGCCAUUCUCCCCCUUGGCAGGAAAGAUACAUGAUUGGGUGAAUGAGGAAUGUCUGGAUGCGAAUCCGGAAGUUCGACAGAAGGCAUUCUGCGCAUUAUACCUUCUGGCAUGUGAAUGUGAGAGGAUGAGAAAUUUUGCAAGCUCUCAGGCUAUUGCCCGCGGUUUAUCUGGAAGAUUCCUUAGGAGAUUCAACCAUAUUCGUGAUCGUGCAGCGAGUGAAGCAGGAGGUCCAGAGAAGCUGAGCGCAGCACUCCAGCGCCUUUUUUCAAAGCCUCCGAAAGAUAUCCAGGUGGCAAUUCCUCCAUUAGACUCUCGAUUACGAGCCCUUCUACCAGCGUUCCGUGCAAUCCGGGAUGAUGGAGGCACGGUAGACUGGGACGCUUGCAAGGAGUUUCAUCGGUCUUUGAAUCUGGAGCUUGGACAGCCCCUCCCCGCCUCUCAGGAACCCAGGGCACCUGAAUUCUGUCAUCAAUUCUUUCGCGAAAGGAUGCACGCAGCAGAAUCGAGCCGCACCAGACACCGGCAUCUAAGUGAAGACCUUUCAGCAGCUGAGGCCCGCGGGAGAGCUUGACAACCGAGAUUUUUUUUUUUUUUUGCUGUGCCUCGUUGCUCUGCCACAGAAUUAUGGUUUCUUGGUUUCAACGGUUCAUGUCUGCUCAACUAUCGAAACUAAGAGAUGUCGU